UUGUGGCAAGCAGUUGCAAUCUGUGGCACGCUGAGCGUUAUUUAUUUGUGCAGCGACCAACUUAAUUUGUAUUAAAUAUCUAUUGGAAUACCACUUGUAGGAGUCUAAAAAAACUUGAAAUCAAAGACAUUGAAGUGCGAUUUUGUUUUAGACUUGUUAUAUGAUCUUUAUCUAUUGUAUUGGUUGAGAUAUGUCGUGAAGGAAAUAGAAUUUUUGAGGAACGGUGUGAUUCUAAAGUGUUUGUCAAUCAAGUUUAUCUCUUAAAUUAAACCAAUAUUGAAGUGCUACAAAAACAAACAAAACUAGAUUUCAGAUUUGCACAUAUUAGAAGAAACAUUGUGCGACCAAAAUGGUAAUGGUAAGCUCAGCGGUAUUAGGUGCCGCUGCCGGUACUGGGUUAGCUCUGUUACUGGCUGUAACCAUCGUGAUGUACCGCUAUUAUCUGCUUCGUAAGCGUGGUAAGGAAUGGGAAGAGCUUGACCGAUGGGAAGAGACGCGUAUAAUGCGAAAAUUGCAGCUGAAGGAAGUCAACAUUUCGAGGGAGGCACAGCCCAUCCAACCGCCCACACAAUUGCACGGCAUUCCAUGUGUACCCAACCAUCCCAUUCCAUCAGAUGUUCUCCGCGGACCCUCCGAGGUCUUUCACAGCCCGUUGCACUUGCAUCACCAAAGCCGUUCCUUUCCGCCGCGUCUGCAGCGUACGCCUUCCAUCUCCAGCCAGAGCAGUGUGGACAGUGCUCCGUCCAGGCAGUCGGGACACCGCGGCUCCUCGCCUCAAAUACGCACAUUCGGGCCCGACGGACGAAGCUCCCUUCCCAGCGAGCCGGCGUUUCCUCACCACCUCGCUCGCUCUCCCAGUCCCAUGCGGACCAUAUCACUAGAUGCGCGAUGCGGCAGUCCGGCCUCGACCGAUGUGAGCGACUUGCGGACCCCAAGUCCUUCUCAAAGUAGCCUCGCAUCUCUCGCCAGUGCUGGUGGCGUUGGAUCCUCCACCUCCAACAUGAUUAUGGGUGCAGCGGGCGGAUCUGUUGUCUGUAAAGGCGUCGGUGUGGGAGGUAUGGCUGGCGGUCGAUGUCUUUCACCAUUGCUGAUACCACCGCGACCUCAACCUGGCAUCGAUCCAACUGUGGGCCCUGCUUCGCCACUAGGUGCCCUACAGCCAGACCUAUACCGUAUGCCCGACGGACCCGUCUAUCUGACCGCACCCGGUACCAGUCAUGCCGUGGGUCGAUUGCACUUGAGGGUUAAGUACGACUAUCAUCUGUUUGAUUUGACGGUCCACUUGAUUGAAGCUCACAAUCUAAGUCCCACUGAGGAAGGAGGAUUCCGAGAUCCCUAUGUUCGUCUCAUGCUGCAACCGGACGUGGAUAGCCGCAAGCGUCAGACACACAUACACCGUGGGGAAUCGAAUCCUUACUUCGAUCAACAUUUCAAGUUCCCGGUUUCACGCGAUCAGUUGCAGGGCAAAGAGCUGGUUUUACAGGUGCUCGACUACGAUCGCUACUCGCACAAUGACAUUAUCGGCGAGGUGCGCAUUUCCGUAGAUGGCCUCGAUCUAUCCAAGUCUGUUGAGAUUUGGGGCGACCUGCUGCGUACUAAAAAGCCCAAGGAGGAUCGACCGGAGCUUCUGUGCUCCUUGAACUAUCUCCCGCAGGCCGAGCGGCUGACAAUUGUCAUAAUGAAAGCCAGAAAUCUGGAUACCCUACAAGAGCCUUACGUCAAAAUUUACCUAAUACAAAACGGCAAGCGAAUUAAGAAGAAAAAGACAAGCAUCACUAAGUCCGAUGAUCCCACCAACCCCAUCUGGAACGAAGCAUUCACAUUCAAUCUACAAUCAAAUUAUCUACAUAAUGCAGCCAUCGAGAUUUACGUGGUCGGCGCUGGCAGCGAAGCAACGGAAAUUGGAUGCUGUGGUCUUGGCCCACAGGAAAAUGGCACGGGUUGCCAGCAUUGGCAUGAUAUGAUUAACAAUGCACGGAAGCCCACAGCCAUGUGGCACUACAUUCGCUAGGCUAGCAUGAAAACAAAUCAACAAGGAGCAGGUGCACAUUCUAAAUGCAUUGAAUGACGCUUGGAGAUGCUUUAAGCUAAGCCAAACUAUGAACUUAUAGCCAUAUCCUACCUACUAUAUAGAUAUAUACUUUUGUCAGUAUAUGGCACAUCUUCAGUGUGAAGCUAUGUAGCAUUUUUUGCUAAUAUUAUUUGAUAGGUUAGUUUUCCCUGAUGCUCCUAGCUAAGAACUAUACUAUGCAUGUGCAAAAGUACUUUUCUUUAUAUGAAUGUACAUAUAUGUAUGAUAUUGAGAAAUGCACAAGAUCAAUCAAAAGUUCCUAUGACACUUAAGAAACAGAACAAAACAUGUAAAAGCGAAUGAAUGAAAUAACGAGCAUUCGAAUUGCAUAAAGUCAAAGUAAUGAUCCUGUUAAGAGUGGGUAUUAUUUAAAGAAAUCCCCUGAAAAGCAGCAUACAAUAGUACUACACAUUUUCGGUAUGUUGUCCAUUUAGACGAGUACACUCACAGGGUUACGAUAGAAUCGAUUGAGUCGAAUGAGAGAAGGACGAGACGAGUUUGAGUUGAAA